UUGUUCAGAAACAUAUUGUCGAGGAUCCGACGGUCGUCACCAAAAUGGGUUCCACCAUCAGGUUGAAUGCUGUCACCCUAGCAAUAGUGGUCAUUGCCACCUUGUUAACCAAAAGCAAAGGGCAGUCUAGUUACUGCAGUCUUUGCAGUGACCACACACUUUGCAUUUACCAGGGGAUAGGCAGCACCUGCUCUCAGGUGAUGGCCAGGGGAGUGGAUGAUGCAGCCCAGCAAACCAUACUGAAAGAGCACAACACACACAGGAACUACGCGGCAUCUGGACGAGUGGCACAGGGAGCUCCUGGACCUCAGCCUGCUGCAUCCAACAUGCUUGAGCUGGUAAGCAUACUGAAGCAGAAUAAGCUUCUUGGAUUUUAG